CGGCGAUUAUAGGUAACCAUAUGCUGCUGCCAGUUACUCUGUUGUCUAGGCUUCAUCGGCGAAUUUCGAAUGACCUGCCAGAACACAAGCCGUUACUACGUACGACAUUGGUCACGUGGCCAUGCAACUUCUGUCAAUUAUCGUAGCUCUCAUCCGAGCCUACUGGCCCAUUCUCCUCAGCGCAGCCGUCCUUUGGCGACUGAUUCACAACUACCUGAAGCUACGCCAUGUCCCAGGGCCGUUUGCGGCCGCCGUUAGCGAUGGCUGGAGAGUCGUGCACACCCUUCGAGGAAAUACCAUGAAGGAAUAUGAGCUUCAUCGCAAAUAUAAAUCUCCGAUUCUGCGGUUUGGGCCGAACACGGUUUCUGUGGCUGAUCCAGCGGCUAUCAAAGUAAUAUAUGGGCUCAAUCCCAUAUUCAACAAGGGACCCCUGUACAUUACGCAUCAGUUCAUGAGUAAAGACGGCGAAGUCAUGCACAACCUCUCCUCGACACGCGACGAACGUAUCCACGCUCGCCUGAGGCGCGCCGUCAACCACGCAUAUGCCCUAAGCAACUUGCUGGAUUAUGAAAAGCUCAUGGACUCGACAACCGAUGUCUUUCUCCGCGAGCUGACCAGACGCUUCGUCAAGACCGGUGCUGAAUGCGACCUCGCGUUUUGGCUUCAACUGUAUGCUUUUGAUGUCCUAGGAGAGAUAACCUUUAGCAAGCGAUUCGGGUUUCUAGAGGCUGGCACUGAUUUGCAUGACAUGCUGCACCAUACCGCUCUACACAUGGAAUACAUUGGCAGAGUGGGCACCAUGCCUUGGCUAGAUGAGUGGUUCCGGCUUCGCAACCCGAUCCUUAGGCGGUUCCGAAAACCCAAUGCCAUCGUCAGCUUCAGUCUGCAACAUAUCGACAACCACACUCAACAUACGGACCCCGAAGCUCCUUCCGACUUCAUCACUCGCUUCCAGAUUGCCGCAGAGAAGUACCCCGACAUCAUGACGCGGACUCAGAUGGAAGACUUUGCCGUGACUAACGUCAGUGCUGGCUCUGACACGACCGCCAUCAUCCUUCGUGCAGUCAUCUAUUUUUUGCUCACGAACAAGGCUUGCUUCGAUCGGUUCAUGGACGAGGUCAAGGCCGUGCUGAAGGCCCGGCCCCAGAACGAGGACUAUGAAAAGCACGUCUCGUGGACGGAGGCCUACAACAUGAAAUAUUUCCAAGCUUGUCUCAAGGAGACCAUGAGGCUCCAUCCAGCCCUCGGGCAAAUGCUUCCGCGAGUAGUCCCGCCGGGUGGGAUUGAAGUCUGUGGCGUGUUUCUUCCAGAAGGCACCGAGGUAGGGUGCAACGCGUGGACGAUCCACCACGACAAGGAAGUAUUUGGAGAGGAUGCGGAUAUCUUCCGCCCCGAGAGGUGGCUGGACGAGGACGAGGAAAGAGUGAAGAACAUGGAGCGUUGUAACUUCGUCUUUGGUGCCGGGUCAAGGACAUGCAUCGGAAGACACGUCGCUAUGCUGGAAUUGUCCAAGUUGAUCCCCGAGUUUUUCAGAACCUUUGAGGUCACUUUGGUUGAUCCGAAACGAUACCAGGACCAUUGUGUGUGGCUAGUGGUGCAGUCUGGGUUAGAUGUGAAGCUGAAGCUAAGGGACUCUCAGAGCUUACUUGAAGGAUAACGUCUUACUUGCC